UUCUACAAUGUUAUUUUUCUGACUGCUGCUAGUGGACGAGAAAUUUGGUCUGGCGGAGAAGUGAGUGGGUUUGUGCUGGUGUUCGUGUUCGAUAUUGUGAUUUAUUAGUAAUAGAUCACGAAGAUGUCGUCACCGAGCGCUGGGAAACGUCGGAUGGACACAGAUGUCAUCAAACUCAUUGAAAGCAAGCACGAGGUGACCAUAUUGGGCGGGCUCAACGAGUUCUGCGUGAAAUUCUUCGGACCCCCAGGAACUCCAUACGAGGGUGGCGUGUGGCGAGUACGCGUACACCUCCCCGACCACUACCCCUUCAAGUCCCCCUCCAUCGGAUUUAUGAACAAGGUCUACCAUCCCAACAUCGACGAGGUAUCGGGCACUGUAUGCUUGGACGUUAUCAAUCAGGCCUGGACCGCGCUUUACGAUCUGUCGAACAUAUUCGAGUCGUUCCUACCACAGCUGCUGACGUACCCCAACCCCAUAGACCCCCUGAACGGAGACGCUGCCGCUAUGUACCUGCACAAGCCUGAAGAGUAUAAGAAGAAAGUUUCAGAUUACGUGAGAAGAUUCGCCACAGAAGAGGCUCUGCUCGAGAAAGACGCUAUCACCGGCAUGGGCGGCGCGCCGGCGUCCUCCUCCGCCAAGGCCAACGGCGCCGCCAACAACAACGCGUCCGACACCGAGAGCUCCAUGAGCGACUUCAGCGACGACGAGGCGCACGGCAUGGAGUUAUAACGCACGCCCGCGCCGCACUCGCUCACUGCCGCCGUGCCUGUCGGCUGCCGUUAGGUUUUACAAUUUAGAACUGACGGAACGUUGGGGGUUUCGAUAUUGUACACGGUUAAGGGAGUUCGUCUGCAAUUUUAAUUGAUUUAUUUAUACCUAUAUGCGGUUCGAUAGUAAAAAGUAGAAAUAAAAUAAAAAAUAAGAGCACCGCGAACAGUUUUGUGCGGUGCUCUAAUAACUAAAAUAUUCUACACGACGAUAUUCGUCAAAUAUAUGUCGAAUAAACGAAUAUUGUUAAAUUUAAAUGGUUGUAAACGACCAAGGUAGACAGUUGAAAGUAAUAAUAUUUGCUCUUUGAGCCAUCAUAUGAAUGCAGCUUAAUAUGUACCUAAAGUAAAUUAUUUUCUACUAUUUAUUGUCGGACUGAAAAUGUAUAAAUAAUUUUUCGUUAAUAUGUAGACGAGUCAAAGCCUUAACUAUGUACAAUAACUUUGAAAUUCACCUAUAAGUUGUUUGAAUUUGGAUCGUUGAAACGUUUCGGGAGCUGUUUUGAAUUUGGAAUCGGUUCGGAAGAUCGGCUCUGUUUGAAUUUCGAAUUUUGCUGUUUUAGCGAUGAAAAACGUCAGUACGGGACUAUGGUCCAAGGAUUUAGAAAUCAAUAAAGACAUGUCAGUACAAUGCAAUUUGUAACCUAAAAAUAUUUUAAUAACAGAACUUCCGUGAGACACAGACAAAUUAAAUAUAUUAAAAACGGGUCACUCACGUAUUUUACCUGCGGCCCGCAGUCUGCGCCGUUUUUCGCCUUAAAAUACGUGAGUGACCCGUUUUAUAAUAUAUUUAAUAUGCCUAAAAAUAUUUACAAAUUGUAUUGAAAUGAUAACUUUCGGGGACCAUAAGUGUCAGCAUUUGCUCUCGUGCUGCGUUCUCGUUCGUAAACUGUAUUUUAGUCCAACUUAUCAAUUUAUUAUUAACGACUAAUGCUGUAACUAUAAUUCUAAUAAUGGUUGGUAAAAUGUUAAAUCGCGUGAUAUAUCGAUGUCUGUCAUGUGGCUUCUCGAUUGCAAUUAUAAUUUUGAUAUAAAAGUCAACAGACCUGAGAGGGAUAGACAUUUACUGGGAAAGCAAUAUAUUAAAUUUUAUAAUUUUCGUCCUAAAGGCCUAAGACUCAAAGCCACAAAAAAUUAAAUAACAAUAUCUUGUGAAAUAUUCCGUAAAUUGAAUUCCUAAUGGUCUCUUGAUUUUAAUAGCGUCUUUUUUUGAUAACUCAUUUAUUCCUUAUUUUAUCAGAGUAAUAGAGUCAUUGAAAAGAGAAGCUCUAGAUCUUGAAAAUCAGCAAUAAAAUGCAAAUUUUCUUAAAAUAGCGAUGAUGCCUGCAGAUUUGAAUCGGUAUGUCUUUACUCUGUCGUCGUGUUCGCUACCAUAAAAUUUGCCAAAAAUCAUUUGGACUUUAAUUACCAAUAUUAUGUUUUUAAAUAUGCUACUCACAUAAUAAAAGACCUAAACUUUCAAGCCCAUUUUACAAUAGCUAAUCUUAGAUACUAUGUUAUAUCAUCGGUUUUAUUAUCACCUAUUAAACCUUACCAAUUUGCUGCUCACAUAAAUAUCCUAAAUUUAGCGUAUUGUAAGCCUUUUGAUUAAGGCCGUUACAGCGGGCCUAUGAUGAUCAUGAUUGUUAUACAAAAGUUACAGACGCUUUUGGUAGCAAAUACGACACAGAGUGAAUUUUUGAAUCAUCGUCAACCUCAAUAUGUUGAACCUGAUUAAAAUAUAACAUACAUAUCUGACAUCAGGAUAAUACUUGUACUUUUGUCGUCUAUCGUGUGAUAGCUCACUCUCGUACUUACAACAUUACUAGUUGGAAAGGGACAGACACAAAAUAAAAUAAUCGGUGAUAAUAAAUAAAACAAUAGCCCCAACCAAGUACAGAACCUCUUCCUUCUUGGAAUUGAAAUCAGUUAAAAAGUACAAUAAUGGUAGACACACUGUUGGACUAAAAAUUUAUAAUAGUCAUUUCUUUAAAAUUCAGUUUGCAUUUGUUGAGGUGACGACGAUUCAAAAACUCGAAUAAAAGUUGUAAAAGGGUUGUUCAACUUCGUGUUUAAAAGUUAUCGGUGUGUUAAGAAUUGAUUCAUAGCUCGGCUUGUCUUUUGUCCUGCUCUUAGGCUAGCGGCAAUAUGAAUAGGGAAUAAAGUGUUCACAAGUUUCGGUGUAACUAACUUUAGGGGUGCGGUUAUGUAGCGCUGAGUUAGGCACAUUUUUAAACAAAUUUGUUUUUUAUAAUGGUCCUAAAAUCUAUAAUAAGUCAACUUUUGCUUAUACAAACUCUUUGAGUUAGACCAAGAAAAGUCUGCAACGAUUUUGAUAGCGUACGCAGUGCAAAUGUUACUUUAUACAUAAGUACGUCAUAAUUUCAUAGAAGUUUGACAUUUAAAACAACACUUGCACUGCGUGUGCUAUCAAAAUAGUUACAGGCUUGGUCUAAUUCUAUACAUAAUAUUUUAAAUGCAAACUUCGCUGAGACUCUGACAUAUUAAGUACAUUUAAAAUGAGUCACUCACGCUUUCAAGCAUUCAAAUUUAAAACGUGAGUGACCCGUGUUAAUUUAUAAUAUACCCACAUUAUAUUUUGUUUUAUAUCUUGCAUUAAUUCUUAACGUUUGUAUUGGCAAGAUAUUUUAGAUAAAUAUGAUUUAUCACCUGAUUGUUAAUGGCAAAAACAACACUAUAACGUAAAUUGGACCUAUUAUAAAAAGCUAAAUUUGGUUUAAAAUCUGCUUGAAUUUUUCCGUAGGUGUCUUGUAUCAAACAUGUAAACGUUAGAUUUUAAAUGCGUAUGAUAACAUACUCAUAUUAAAAAAAAACCUUUUAAAACUCAAGUUAUAACACGCGUGAGUGAGCGAGGUAGCAUUUUGUAAAUAUCUUAAAUUCUGUCCCCAUAGCAUAAAACAACUUAAAUCUAAUGAGCCCGUCAUGGACUACAGUCAUCACUUUAUAUCUCAUAGGUAUUUAAAUAUUUUUUAUCGUAGCAUUAAUUUUUAAACGAACGAUGUGUCAUGUUUUGUGUUUUUCCCUUGACAUAAUUUCUACGGCAACAUUUGUCUAUUGUUUUUGACUCUGUUGUGAUUAUGAAAUGCGAAAUCUACAUCUGUGAUUUAUUCUCGAUUUUUAAAGUGUCAAUUCAGUGGUGAGGG